AACAAAAUCAUCGAAACUUGGUUGUUGAAAGCGGUAACUAGGAAUUGGGCACCACAAGUCUUUAAAAAAAGCAAACCUUUUCUUUUUCCUGGUUGGUCUGCUGUAAUAUAAUAAUAAAGUUUGGGUUUAUAGUUCUUGACUUGUUUUGUCAAAAUCCUGAAUUCCCAAAUAUAUUAAUCAGAGAGAGAGAGAAAAAGGGGAGAAUAUUAACAACACUACUACGAGAGUCUACAAGUCGACGACUCUGAUCAAUUUGUUCUUCAUCUAAUUCCUUAUUCUCAGGGAAAUCGAGGGUUUUUAAAUUCAUAGUCUCUCUCUCUUUAGGUUCGUUGGCCCUCUCAAAUCAGAAAAGUAUCAACCUUUUUUAAAUUCAUUCCCCUUGGAUCGUACUUUUUUUCAUCGCUGAUUUGUUCUCAAAAGGGAAUCUAUACUUUUUCAUUACCAUUGCCUUUGGUCUUUCUCCGUUUCCUCAAUCUAUGCUUCUUUGAUUCUCUUUAAGAGGAUUUUGUAAUACUUUUAUUCUGACGAAAACCUUUUCUCUGGGGUUUGUCUUUCUUCUAAUCCAGAAAGAAACCAAACCAGUUCUCUGCGCUCAAAGUUUGUAGCUUUUAUCCCAUCUGGGCACACACCAAAUGGGAUAAAUCGAGACAAAGAGGUGUAAAGCAAUUCUCCAUUGAUGAUCAACUGUUUCAAAGACUCAAUACAUGUUUUGAUGACUGUUUUGCUAUCCACUAAUGACGAUGAUGAUGAUCAUGAAGAGGCUGUUAAUCAUGUGGAUGGUCAUAGGAAUCAUGAGGUUAGAGAAGAAGUAGAUGCAAAGGAAUACGAAGGUCAAAGUGGUGGUGUCACCACUCUCACUUUGAAAAGUAGUCUUAGAAAGGCGGAUUCAAAUUCAACAGAAGCUGGGAAGAAGGAGAAGAAGAAGGUACAAUGGGUGGAUGUCACAGGGAAGGAACUUGCUGAGAUUCGAGAAUUCGAACCUAGUGAAGAAGAUAAUAUUGAUUCUGAUCGGGGAAAAACCUGUGUUUGUGUAAUCCUGUGAUCCCUCCACUUUAGUUUAACUGGGAGAUCUAAGGCA